AUGGAAGUGCAAUUGGAAAGAGAUGCGCUUCAGGAUACCAGACAAAAGGAAUCCCAGAGCCAAGAGAAUGUGAAAAUGCAGCUAAAAAAUACUAUUCAGGAGCUGGAAGCUGCCAACCAGCUGCAGGAGGAGAUGCUGAGGGAGGCUGACAGCCAAACUGAGCAUUUGAAAAAGAUGGUACAUAGCCACGAGGAGGUACUUCUGGAACUGCGUGGCAUCCUAAUAGACUACGAAGACAGCACAGGCAAGAAACUCUAUGAGCAUGAGAAUAUUACUAGCCUACACAUCCACAACCUGAGCACAGCGUUUGCUGACAUCCUGCGAGAUUUAGACUCAGAGGUGUCAUACCUCAAAGAAAAGGUUGUCCUGGUGGAAGAAGAACUUGAGUCAUUGAAAAAAGAUUCACAGACCCAAAAACAACUUCUGCUUCAGCAACAUCAAAAUAGGAUUGAGGCAUUAAUAAGUGAGCAUGAACAGGAGGUGGCAGCACUAACUGAUAAGCUAACAGUGCACGCAGCUGUGCAAAUAGUAUCCAAAGCCAGAUGGAGAUCAUUCAGUAUAGAACAAACAAGAACCCAAAAUUCAGUGCAUGCACAUCAAGUUAGUCAUCUGGAAUCUACAGUUUCUCAGCUGCGUUCUGAAUUACGAGAAGCUAAGAGGAUGUAUGAAGACAAGGUCAAAGAUCUUGAGAAGCAGUUGCCCCUAGCUCAUUCUGAGAGAGCAGAAGCUCAGAUGGAACAGGAUCAACGCAGCCAAGAACCUGGAAAUCUGAAUGACCAGAUUCAUCAAUUGUUGACUGAACUUCAUAAAAAAGAGAUAGAACUAAGUCUAGAAAAAGAGCAGAACAAGCGAUUUUGGGAUCGGAACACAGAUGACAGCGUCAUCAUUGACCACCUAAGGAGACAACUCGACAACAAAAACAUGCAAUUGCAGCGCAUGGAAAACACAGUGAAGGAAAUGAGGACUGAAUGUCACAGACAAAUGGAGUGCCAGAUGGCUGCAAUUAAGGAAAAAAAUGAAAGCAUUGGAAGAAUCUCCUCUUUGACUGUCCAGCUGGAGUCAACCAAGGAAACACUCCGUAAAGUUAAAGAAGUUCUUACAGCCAAACAGAUUGAUUUGGAGAAUGCUGAGAAAACGGCGUCGAAUCUGAUGGCCCAGCUGCAGGAGAAAGAGAGAGCCCUUGAGGUUACCAAUAAGGAAGUCAAGAAGCUACAUUCACAACUUGGCAGUAGGAUGCAGGAGCUCCAGCAUCUAAAGAAUGAAGAGUACUGUUUACACAACAUGCAGUCAGAGUGUGAAACACUGAAACUGCAGCUGUUGGAGAAGGAAAGGGUUACUGAGAUCUUCCAAAAGCAAAUUGAUAACAUGACCCAGAUUGUGGGCCAGCACAGUCGAACGGCUGGAGCAAUGGAAGUUGAGAAAUCUCAGCUUAUAAAAGAAAUAAAUGACUGGAAACUUAAAGUAGAAGAACUUAAGGUUGCAAAGGAUGAGAAAGAAGCCAGAAUACAUGAAAUAGAGGCCAGACUGAGUGAGCUGGAACUGGAGAAGGUUGAACUGGUAAAUACAUGCAGUGAGAGGCUCCAUGCACUUAAUGAUAUGAAACUGGAAAAAGACCAGCUAAUGAAUGAACUUCAAGCCAGUCGGAGUGAGCUAGCUGGCCUUGCAGAGGGAUUUGAAGAUUUGAAGAGGGAUUACCAGGAUAAAAUCAAGGAGAUGGAAAAUACUGCAAACAGACUGAAAAUGCAUUUGAAAUCUGCCCAAGCUGAACUGGAACAGACCAGGACUGCUCUAAAGAGUAUGGAGGGAUCUGAUGGCCAUGCUAUGAAAGUUGCAGUGGGAAUGCAGAAGCAGAUCACAGCCAAGAGAGGACAGAUAGAUGCAUUACAGAGCAAGAUUAAAUUCUUGGAAGAGGCAAUGACAAAUGCAACUAAGGAGAAGCAUUACCUCAGAGAAGAAAAUAGUAAACUAAGUCGAGAACUGAGCGGUAUUACAGCAAAAAAUACCAAGAUUGCUGGGGAACUGGAGGUCCUAAGAUCACAAGACAAACGUCUGAAAGAAAAAAUAUCUAAGAUGGAGACAGCACUUGAUAAGGCAUCCAUGCAAUUUGCAGAAUGUCAGUGCAUAAUUCAGUGUCAGGAGCAAGAAGCUAUGCGCUUCAGACUGCAGCAUACUUUAGAUGUAAAAGAGCUGCAGGGCCCAGGCUACUCGUCAGCUUCUGCUUCAGGCAAGCUGCGGCACACAGCGUCUCUUUCCCACCCGCACUCUGCUGUUGUGACACCUUCCCUGAAGUUGGCCAGCUGUGCCCCUCAUAUGCCUUCCAAGCCAGGCAUUUUGAAGGAAGAACGACUGCAGGAUCUAAAGAGGAUUCUUCAAGAGUUAAGAAGCUCAGACAAUGACAUUCCCUCUGUGGAUCUCGGCAAGGAUGACAGCAAUGGUGGGAGAAAAUCACCUUUAGCAACCACGAGGAAUAGAGUAGAUCCUUCAUGCUUACAUACUGGACAUCUUCAGUCCCAAGACGUUACCCUGCCCUUUACAUCCCUUGGAGGUACAUCCACCUUCUCUGCAGCUCCUCGUUAUACAUCCUCCCCCAAGAAGGUCUCUCUGGAGGAGAGAUACAGAGAAAGGUCUCCAGUACACUUGCUAUUAACUGCUCCACCCGAUGACCUUGUAGCUGGCCUCAGUGCCUCACCAGAACACAGACUGUCUGCAAGGAAGGUUGCCUCUCCAGAGGGUACAGCCACAGUCCCCCAGAUACCUUCUCAGCCCAUGGAAACUAGUGAGAAUACACCUAGGAGGCUACAGAACAAGAUGGAAAGUCUGCAAAACCUGGUGGAAUCAUUACAGAUAAAAAACCAAGCCAUGUCAUCAAUGAUCAGAACUCAGGAAAUGAAGACAGAGAAAGCAAAGGAAAAGGAGAAAAAGCUAUCACAGUGA